CUUGUCUUGAACCUCCAUCUCCUGUACCCUACCCAAAAUGUUCGCCCGCUCUGCCGCCCGUACUCUGGCUACGCCCUCCGCGCGUCUCUUCUCGUCUUCGGCUGCGCGCCAGACGAAGGUCGCCGUCCUUGGUGCUGGCGGAGGGAUCGGCCAGCCGCUUUCUUUGCUGCUCAAGCUGAACCCCCUCGUGUCGAACUUGAGCCUCUACGAUAUCCGCGGCGCACCCGGUGUGGGCGCGGAUGUCAGCCACAUCGACACGGCGAGCGAGGUGAAGGGCUACCAGGCUGACCAGCUCGAUGCUGCGCUGGAGGGCACGAAGGUUGUGGUCAUUCCCGCUGGUGUUCCGCGGAAGCCUGGUAUGACCCGUGACGACCUCUUCAACACCAACGCCUCCAUUGUCCGCGACCUCGCCUCUGCGAUCGGCCGCGUCGCCCCGGAUGCACACAUCGCAAUCAUCUCCAACCCCGUCAACUCUACCGUCCCCAUUGUCGCCGCCACCCUCGAGAAGCUCGGUGUCUUCGACCCGAGGCGCGUCUUCGGUGUCACCACCCUCGAUGUCGUCCGCGCGGCGCGCUUCGUCGGCGGCGUCGCUGGCGUUGACCCGAAGGAGUGCGUAGUCCCCGUCGUCGGCGGUCACUCUGGCGCGACCAUCGUCCCCCUUCUGUCGCAGACCAAGCACGGCAAGGGCAUCACGGGCGAGCAGUACAAGGCCCUCAUCCAUCGCAUCCAGUUCGGUGGUGACGAGGUCGUGAAGGCGAAGGACGGCGCUGGCUCUGCGACGCUCUCGAUGGCGUACGCUGGCGCGAAGUUCACGGACGCGCUCCUCCGUGGUUUGAACGGUGAGAAGGGCGUCGUCACCCCGACGUUCGUCAAGAGCCCGCUCUUCGCGGACCAGGGCAUCGACUUCUUCUCGUCGAACGUUGAGCUUGGUGUCAACGGUGUGGAGAAGAUCCACCCCAUUGGCGAGAUCUCGGCCGAGGAGCAGGAGCUCCUUGCUGCCUGCUUGCCGGACCUCAAGAAGAACAUCUCCAAGGGUGUCAACUUCGUCGGCGCAUAGAGGUAGACUUACAAUGUAAACUGCUGUGCUUUAUGGGAUUGGUUCUUGGCAGGCUCACGAAUGAGUAUAUGUUAUUUCUGAAUCUUUUUGGGGCUAGGAACUCGUAUGUGCCAGUGCCAGGAGACAACGCUAGCAUCUGAGCGUGACGCC